UGUUUCGUUGGCGUAGAUAACAAUUAGCAACAAUUGUUGAUAAUUGACUAAUUGCAAGAAGUCCGUUAUUUGGUUAUUUCUAAAUUGUAUCUUCAAAAUCAAGAUAAAGUCGUCUUAAGUGUAACGUAGAGUUAGGUGAAUCUACAGAAAUCUGUGUUGAACCAAUGUAUCUAAUAGCAUUGCUCAACAAGAUAAUUUACAGAUUAAUCGUUAUAGCAUUUUGAAGUAUCCACCAACUGCGCUGCAAGUUGCAAUGGGCAAAGAUCAAGAUCUGCUGGAAGCAGCACGCAUUGGAAAUAUUGCUGUAGUCGGCAAAAUUCUUGAGCAGAUUACAAAACGCAGCAGUGGGCCUUUCUCAAGCUUUCGUCGCAGUCCAUGUAUAAACAGUCAAGAUGUUAAUGGAUAUACCCCACUACAUCACGCCUGUCUGAAUGGCCACAUCAACAUCGUGCGUAUCUUAUUGGCUCAUAAUGCUGUACCUGACAUGCCAGACAUAAGAGGCUCAACUCCAUUGUAUUUAGCAGCAUGGGCAGGUCAUGAUGAGAUAGUUAAACAACUAUUACUGCAAACGCCCAAAGCAGCUAAUCCAAAUGCGCAGACUAUUGAUAAUGAAACUCCACUGCAUUGUGCCGCACAACACGGCCACAACACUGUUUUAGCCAUUUUGCUUGCCUACGGCGCGGAUCCCACUGUCCGCAACAAUAGUUUUCAAACUGCACUAGAUCUAGCAGCGCAAUUCGGACGGUUGCAGGCAGUUCAAACACUAAUACGUACACAUCCAGAACUUUUGGCUCCUUAUCGCUCGUCUGGUAGUAAUACACCCUCCAGCCCGGUAGCUGAGUGCACCCCAUACACCAUUUCGCCAUCAACACAUCUCUUUACUCACACAUGUUUGCAUUUAGCUAGUCGUAAUGGACACAAAAAAGUAGUAGAAGCGCUACUAGCCGCUGGAGUGGACGUUAACAUUAUGACGAAUUCGGGAACUGCUCUGCACGAGGCAGCACUUUGCGGCAAAAAAGCUGUGGUCAAUGUUCUAUUGCAAGCUGGUAUCAAUCCAAAUGCUACUGACGGUGCAGGUAACACAGCGCUUGAUUUGCUUAAAGACUAUCCACCUCACGUUACCUAUGAAAUUGUGUGCGCAAUAAAAGAUUUUUAUAAAGACGCUUCGAAUGGCACUCAUUUUAAACCAAUUAACGAGCUUAGCGAUGCGGAUGAUCAUGAACGCAGCGAUAGUUCCAUCUCGCCAGUGCCAAAUGUGACCUUCGAUCGAAGGACUAACGAACAAAAAGUCAGUGCCACAUCACACAAGGAAUUUCUAAUGCCAAAGACGUAAGACUGGGAAAGAAUGAAUGGCACAUUUGUGUAUUGUACCUCACACUCAGAAUGCUCCAUUUGAUGCACCCAUUGUCCACGACCAUUAUCAUAAACUUGACAUAGAUUUGUCAUUAAACAGCUACUCGUAUCCUAUCGCUUGAGAUGCAACCCAGCACUAUAAUCAAUCUUUGUAUGGUAUUAACUAUGUGAUUGCCGAAGCUUUAUUAUUAUUUACAUACAAACACCUACUUAUAAACAUACAUAUAUUUACCCGAUCAUGCAUAUAAAUGGCAACCAUUUAUUCAAAACUAACCAAAGUUAUGUA